UGUGUUUGUAUGGACAGGUAUGCUGACUUACUGGUGCUGUCGGACGGUGUGGUGCCUACGCUGGGCUGGGCCUGUGGGGACACAAUGGGACGCGGUCAGUGCCUCCUGGGUGGCUGCUACAACACUGCCGCUCAUGGCGAUGGCAAGUUUGACUGUCUGGACCGCGUCGAUGAGCAAGGAUGUGGUGUUCGGGGAGCAGCGGCAGAGGACCUGGCUUGGUAUCGCCAGUAUCGCGCCAACAGACUCCAGCGCCACUAUGACUCCCCGUGGGUGUGGCAAGAGGUCAUUGUUGGGGACUCUGGUAGUACCACCCUCACUGUGCCUCUUCCUUUUGGCCCCACCCACCUGGCACUCUCUGCCUUCAGCCUCCACCCAGAGUAUGGCAUGACCAUCCUGCCACAACCCAUUGAAUGGAAAGGUUCAGUGGGCUUCUGGCUGUCUGUGGAAGCCCCAACCAGAGUAGGCGUGUGGGAGCAGGUUGGGGUGUGGUGACAGCGGUGAAUCACCAUUACCUGCCAGUUAACGCUAUCAUUGUGCUGGCCAACAACCCAGCCUACAGAUUCGUCAAUGUCCAGAGGUUCGACCAAAUUGAUCCCUCUGAUGGCCACAUCGAGCGGAGGAUGGUGGGCGGAGAGCAUGAGCACGCUGUGUUGGUGAAUGGGGGAGAGACCCACACGUUGUACCUACCCAUUGUGCCCAUCCAACUGGGGGAGAUUACUGUCAUUGUUCAGGCUUCAUUACCUGGCAAGAAAAUUCAAAAGGAAGUUACUAUUUUUGUUGAGCCCCUGGGAGCUGUUCAGGAGCACCAUACAUCGCUACUCCUGGACCUCAGUAACCGGGCCUACUUCUUCACCUUCCUGGAUGUGAACAUGUCUGAGGGUCUCGUACCAGGCUCUGAUGAUGCCCAUGUGUCAGUCUUUGGUGACACAGUGGGGGCAGUCUUACCUAAUGCUCCUGCCACAACGCAAGAUCUCCUUGGACUCCCUAUGGCUGGAUGUGAGCCUGUAGUUCAGCUUCCUACUGACAGUGUUACAGAUGCGUCAGUGGAAAGAGAUGGCUCAGGAACCAGAACUCAAUGAACGGGAAGUGUUUCAGCGCCUCGCUUUAAUGUACCAAACACUCCUUGUUUACCAGAAACGAGACGGUGGAUUUAAAUAUUACCGAACCAGCCAGACAAGUUCUGUGUGGGUGACAUCGCUGGUGAUUCGAGCUCUUAAUGAGGUGUCUGUCAACUGGCCUAACAUGUUAUAUGUUGACCCUCAGGUGACGGACAAGGCUCUAAA